UUUUUCCGUGUACUAUUCAUUUGUUAAUUACAUUUAUUUGUUUUGAGAUAAUUACUACUUGACAAAUGAAUUGGUCAAGCAGAAUCAUUGUUUUUAGUUUCAUUUUGUUGUUUUCUCUUUUAUUAUUCAUUGAAUGUCGGCCUUCAUCAAAAGGAAAUCAAAUCAUUCCUGGAUACUCGGAAUAUGAAUAUUUAAAUAUACCAAAUAAACGUAUGUUGAAUGGAUUGAGAUUUCAAGAAUUACUUCGUUUACAAAAGUUAAAAGAUAGUGCAAAAUGGCUUGAAGAUCUCGGGAAACGUUCUUCCAGUCAUGGCAUCAAUUCAUUAGUUGAUGAAGAAUAUGACUGAACAAACUAAAAAUCAUUACUGUUGGUGGCGCCACCGACUGAAAGAAAAAAAUAAGAGUAAAACAAAAAACAAAAAAUAUAAUUUUAAUGUUAAAAAGUUAAAAAAAAUGUAACACAUAUAUUUCCAAUGUAUUUGUAAAUGAUUUUAUUUAAAUUAAAAACAAAUAAUUAUUUAUCAUAAAA